UAACACGAUGGGAGAGGAUCAGAAAGCUGCACACGGCGUAUCGACGUUUCCGCUACCGCCAUCGAGAUAUUAUAAAGCGUAUACGGAAGAAAACGUAAAGAAUGGGUUGGUACCGGGUCCUCCUUCUCCCGUUACCGGUUGUUUCUCCAUGUUUGGCUGCACUUUCGAUACAGAGGAGCCAAUCUUGCGCCCGUUAGAGAGCCAAGGCAUUCAACGACUCUGUCCAGACGGGCCGGACAAGUUAGCUCAAAUGAAAAAGCUCAAUCACUCGAUAUUUGUCAGCUUUUUGGAUCUGGUUGAUAUCUUAAUCAAUUGCCCGGAAAGUUCCCGGAGGGAGGAGAAAAUUUCGGACUUACAAUUAUUGUUUAUCAAUUUACAUCAUCUGAUAAAUGAAUUUAGACCCAAUCAAGCUCGAGAAACACUGCGUGUUAUGCUAGAGCUACAGAGACGUCAGAGAGAACAGAUCACAGCCGAUGUGGAGAGAUCAAUAAGUAAAGCUGUGACGAUCAUAAACAACUGUGUUGAAUUGGUCAGACAGAAAAUGGAUGAACCUGGACAUACAGAAACCGCUGGAGCUGGUCAUCAUUCAAGUAGUGUUGAUGCGAGUAGAACAGAUGAAACUAGCAUGAUUGUUAGCUAAUUCAGUAGGAAUGUGUACAUUUCUGUAUGUCGAGUGUUUUCGAGUUUUUUUUGCCAAAUAUUUUAUGAUGCCAGGA